AUGGGGUCUGAUCCACAGUACAUCAAGUACCCUGAUCUCCUUCUCGCCCAACAUGUCUUCAACCUCUCUAACCCUGCAUGCGCCUCAUCCACCCGCCAGUCCUCGUUGAAGAAGCUACAAGAUGCCAUUUCCGAACGCAAGAUGGCCCCAUUCUACCGUCAUCUGGCUCACCCUACGGAGGGUAUCUUGAACAAUGCUGGGGAAGGUGUCACACAACAUUCUCACGCCGGAACCUCCAAGCCUCUCAUCACCUCCAACAUGCUCGCCUCCCGAAAGUCGCCCCAGAACAUCGAAUUCCCGUGGGACGAGAAACUUUACCAGUCUCUGCUUGAUGAUAAUAGAAAGGAGCUCGAGACUAUCCAGAAGGAAGAGGAAGACGCAGAGGAGGCCGCGGGUGAGACUGAGGUACAGGCCGCUCGGGGCAAACGGGCGGAGUUCUGGGCUCGAGUUGGUGAUAAGGAUAAAGCCGUUGAGUCGUACGACGAGCUGCUUGAUAAGAUUGGUUUCCUGGGAACUAAAAUUGACUUGGUUCUGGCCAUGAUCCGCAUCGGCUUGUUCUUCGGCGACGCUAUGUAUGUGAAGAAGACGAUCGAGCGCGCAGAGACGCUGGUCGAUAGCGGUGGUGACUGGGACCGGAGGAAUCGUCUCAAGGCAUACAAGGGUUUGCAUCUGCUUACCAUCCGCUCAUACAGCUUGGCUGCUCCUCUUCUCCUUGAUAGUCUAUCCACAUUUACCAGCUACGAACUUUGCAGCUACUCUUCGCUCGUCAUCUACUCGGUGCUUGCGGGAUCAUUGUCCCUCAAGCGGGUGGACUUCAAGGCCAAGGUUGUGGACGCCCCGGAGAUCAGGGCCAUCCUGGGUGCUGGAGAAGACCAAUUGGCUGCCCUCUCUGGCGAGAUCUCAGCGGGCCCUGGUUCUCGGGAAGAGGAAAUGAAGGACGCGACUGUUUCACGAACAACUCCGGCUGCUGGUGCCGCCACUGCCAUCAACUUGACCACAUUGGGAACUGGCUCUGGCGAGCAAGCAGAGGAUGAAGCCCCGGUUGAUUUCUCCCCUCUGGCAAACUUGGUGAACAGCCUGUACAAUGGCAACUACCGCUCUUUCUUCGUGGCUCUUGCCGGUGUGGAGGACGAAUUCUUGACUCAGGACCACUACCUGCACGAGCACCGGGCAUGGUUCGUUCGGGAAAUGCGACUACGUGCCUACCAGCAGCUCCUCCAGAGCUACCGGGUGGUAGGCCUGAACACUAUGGCCAAUGACUUUGGUGUGACUGUGGAUUAUCUGGACCGGGACUUGGCCAAGUUCAUCUCUAGCAACCGUAUUGCUUGCACUAUCGAUCGUGUCAACGGGAUCAUUGAGACCAACCGACCCGACGAUAAGAACAAGCAGUAUGCGGAUGUGGUGAAGCACGGCGAUGCCCUGAUCACCAAGCUCCAGAAGUAUGGACAGGCUGUCCGCCUUCGGGGUAGUGAGCGCAGUUGA